UUCUCACUACCUCAUCUACAUUUCUCACUACUUCAUCUACAUUACUUCUUUUACAAUUUCAUCUUCAACAAAAUCUUCCAUUUUCAUCUACACCAACUCCCCAACAAUAUGUCUUUACUCACAAUGGGCGAAGCACACAGAGGAACAGUUGCAAACAUCGCGACAUACGUAAGUUUUUUCUUAUACUUCUUUUUUAUGUUUCAUCUCCACCAACCCCAUUUUAUUUUGAAAUACCGACUUAGUCAAGUGUUACAUUAUUUCUAUUAUAGGAUGUCUCAAGGUUUCGCACUCGAGUCCACGAAUUUGUCCCAAUGGACCCGAUGAUUCAACCUUAUGUUGAACUCGCCGGUUUUGGUCACCUUAGCAAAAUUAUGUCUUGGUCUAUAGAUAACAAGUUCAUUCUAGCCUUAUGCGAAAGAUGGAGGCCAGAGACACACACAUUUUGGUUUCCAACCGGUGAGUGUACCGUGGCGUUAGAAGACGUCUACAUGCUUUUAGGACUACGAAUUGAAGGCAAAGCUGUUAAUGGUAAGACCAACUUUCCAAAUUCAAUUUGCAUGGAGCUUUUAAACACUGAUUUGUUAGAUGAUAAUGCUAGGGGACAAGGUAUACUACUUUCACGCCUAAAGUCAUAUUAUAAUAGUUUUUAUUUAGAUGAGCAUUCUACCGAAGAUGCUCGAAUCAUCAAAACUAGGUGUUACAUUAUGUUGUUACUAGGAUCCUUUUUAUUUCCCGAAGGUAGUGGUUCUAGCAUGCAUAUUAUGUACUUACCUUUACUUAGACAUAUAGAUAGAAUAGGUAGUUAUAGUUGGGGAUCCGCAUGUCUAGCCUAUCUCUAUAGUUCUUUGUGCAAAAACUCCCACAAAGAUACUUCUACAUUUUCUGGAUGUGCUGUUUUGCUACAAGCAUGGGGAUGGUCAAGACUACCGUCUCUAGCACCGGUCAAUAACAACCCCUUCACUUUUCCAUAUGCAAAAAAAUGGUCGGCACGCGGUAUGAAUUACAAAAGAUGUCCGAGACACUGUAUUACUCAAUAUCGCAACCUGUUGGAUCACCUUCGACCGGCAGACUUCAUUUGGCGUCCAUACCUUAAUAUGGAUCAUGAGCAUCAGAUCAACCCUGAAGACGCAGCCGUAUGGACAACAUGCACACCGAUAAUACGGUUCACAACAGUGGAGCUGCACAAUACCGAUCGUGUGAAGCUGCAGUUUGGUAUGGUCCAGAAUAUCCCAGAUCCCCCAGCUAGCCUAGGAGAAUGA